GCUUCGUUUUAGCUAUGGAGUGAUACAUCUUGUCUCUAAAUGAUCUUUGUUGGGAGUUGCACAUGCGCAGUUCCUAGUGAAGGACUACUAGCCAAUCAGAAGCAGAGAAGGGCAGGUCAGCGAAAGGCCGGUAAACAUACAUGCCGACCAGGUUGGCAACAUGGACUGGAGCAAGAGUUUCAGAUUGAGUUCAAGGAGGCGUUCUCACUGUUUGACAAGGAUGGUGAUGGCACAAUCACUACCAAGGAGCUCGGCACGGUGAUGCGCUCUCUGGGUCAGAACCCCACUGAGGCUGAGCUGCAGGACAUGAUCAACGAGGUGGAUGCUGAUGGUAAUGGUACAAUUGACUUUCCUGAGUUCCUGACCAUGAUGGCCAGAAAGAUGAAAGAUACAGACAGUGAGGAGGAGAUCAGAGAAGCCUUCCGAGUCUUCGACAAGGAUGGUAACGGCUACAUCAGUGCAGCAGAGUUACGGCACGUCAUGACCAACUUAGGGGAGAAGCUCACUGAUGAGGAGGUGGACGAAAUGAUCCGCGAGGCUGACAUUGACGGCGAUGGUCAGGUCAACUAUGAGGAGUUUGUCCAGAUGAUGACUGCCAAGUGAAGAGAACACUGGAAUUUUUCUCAACGUUGCUUGUCCUUCUAAGAUUAUUGUCUUUAAGAACCAAAAAAAGGAACAAUUAUCAAAUGAUCAAUAGACACAUUUCUCCCCCGACCCCAAAAUCACAUAUUUGUAGAAUUUGCAAUUUGUGCUUCAGUGCAUCCAACUACUUCUAAGGUAUCUGUUUAGCAAACACCAACAGAAUAAUCCCUAGAGAAGUUAAUGGACCAAGCUUUAAGAGGGCCAAAGCCCUGUACUUCAGACCAAGAUUCUGCUGAGUCACCCAGCUCCUGAUUAAUUUAGAGGAAAGAGCAACACUGAAAAGGCAGAGGGAUAGGAAGCCAUGCUGCAGUUCGUAUAGAGAAGUUUGCUAUUUCAUUCUUUCCAAUAUUCAACAAAGAAAAACUGCACCAGUGGUGAUUCUCUAAAUACUGAAUUGAGUACUCUUCUUGCAUGCUCCCUUUCUGUGGCGGUUUCUUGUCACAACAAGGAGGCUCUGAUCCCAUCACUGGUAGUGGUCAGAUUGUGUACACACUGGAGUUAUAUACAUUACUAUAUAGCUAUAUAUCUGUAAAAUUUGUGUCACUAUUGAUUAUUGCAAGAGCAAAUAGUUGCAACGUAGGGUGUUCAUUGGUGCUCGUUUGGAGAUGAGCAUUCUUAUACCUUGAUGAGUUCAGUCAAGAACUAGAGACUGAAAAGCACUGAUGUUUUUUCCCCCUUGGGGGAUGUUAAAUUGUCUUGGUGUGAGUGGUGGGCUUUACUUUGCCUGCAGAACUGAUCAGAGACAGUAAUGUUGUAUUGCUUCAGGAUGAUUAUUGAGAAAAGAAACUUGAGGACUGCAGUUAAUAUAUUGCAAACAUAUCCUGAUCAUACAAUAUUGAUGUGAUGCUUUAUAAAUGUGUUCUCAAAUAUUAAUGUAUUGAUGACAAACUUUGGUCACCAAAUAUAUCUAUAUAUAUAUUAGUGUGUCGUAAAGUUUGCAUUUCCUAUUGUUGUAGUAAAUGACCUGUGACAUGUUUUCUCUUCGGUUUUGAAAUGUGCCAUAAUACUCUAAAACGCCUCAACCUUCUUGCAAGACUCGUAGUUCAUUAGAAUCUAAUAAAUCUACUUAAUAUAAUAACAAAAAAAUACAUGCAGUUGAACAUAUUUGCACUUUGGUAUAAACCUUGUGGAUAUUAAAAAAGGUUUUGUUCUAAAAGAAGAAAAAGAAACCAAAUGUCACUGUUGCUGCUGCUAUAACAACUCAUAUGUUACACUCAUUUCUCGUCCUUGUUGGUGUCUGAUCUUCGAUUUGUAGUCCGGUGAUUCAAACUUCAAUCUGCUUGCUGUUUUACUGAACAGAAUACAUAUACUGUAUAUUCACAAACAUUACUUGUGAUGGGGAUGAUGUGUUUUAUUUGGGGUAUUAGAAUUGGACUUUCAGAUAGGGAUGAAAUGGGAAUGUAGCAAAGAAUUAAGCUUUAGAUGUCAGAUCGGUUUCAGUGUUAGAUUUUUUGAACGGUUGGCUAAAUCUAAGAACCAAGUUAGCUGAGGUAUCUUAUGAAUUCUUCAAAGCACGGAACUUAAAUACUGGCAUUUUAAUUGGUUAACUUAGAUUCAGGUGUUGGGAAAUAAAUGAUAAAUGGAUUGUUAACUUCUGAUGGUAUCUCAAAUGUAAAGAUGUGAUAUAUUUUCCAUAAAUCAAUAAAUUGACUGAGCUUUACUUCA